UCAUGUGUGAGUAUGUGACAACUACACUUUGGCCUCUACUGCCUGUGACAACGAUUCACGACUCUGGAAGGGCUGGGUAGCGGCUACCACGACCACGUGUGGCCAGACUGAGGUAUCAAGCGUUCAGCGCGGCUCGGCCAUGGCGGCCAAGACUUGGCAGCCGAUGAUACUAGUAGUCAUGAUCGUUGGAAUGGGCGUCGAGGCCUGUGGCGCCGUGGAAUUCGCGUACCACGGCUUCGGUGGCGCCGGCCUGCAGCUCGACGGCAUGGCGACCGUCACGCCGGCCGGGCUGCUGCAGCUCACCAACGACACGAGCAUGCCCAAGGGCCACGCCUUCCACCCGGAGCCCGUGACAUUUCGACGGCCGGCGAGCGCGAUGUCCUCCUUCUCGACCACGUUCGUGUUCGCGAUCGUCUCGGAGUUUCAGGACCUGAGCACGAGCGGGUUCGCGUUCCUGGUUGCGCCGUCCAAGGACAUGUCCUCGGCGAUGCCGAACCAGUACCUGGGCAUGUUCAACGGCACCAACAACGGCGACGCGCGAGACCGCGUCUUCGCCGUGGAGCUCGACACCGUGCGCAACCCGGAGUUCGCGGACAUCAAUAACAACCAUGUCGGCGUCGACGUCAACAGCCUCAACUCCUCCGCGGCCGCGCCGGCGGGGUACUACGACGACGCCACAGGCGCGUUCCGAGACCUGAGCCUCAUAAGCCGGGAGCCCAUGCAGGUGUGGGUGGACUACGACGGCGCGACCACGGAGAUGACGGUGACCAUGGCGCCGGCGCCGGCGCCGAGGCCCCAGAGGCCGCUCCUCUCCACGAAGAUCGACCUGUCGACGGUCAUCACGGACACGGCGUACGUCGGCUUCUCUUCGGCGUCCAGCAUCGUGCUGGUCAAGCACUACGUGCUCGGCUGGAGCUUCAGCCUCAGCGGUGACGCACCGGCGCUGGACUACGGCAAGCUGCCAAAGCUGCCCCGCAUUGGCCCCAAGCCCCGGUCCAAGGCGCUGACCAUCGCGCUGCCGAUAGCCACCACGGUAUCCGUCCUCGCGGCGGUCGGCGUCGCGUUCUUGUUCCUCCGACGGCGGCUCAGGUACGCCGAGCUGCGCGAAGAUUGGGAGGUGGAGUUCGGACCACACCGGUUCGCAUUCAAGGACCUGUACGCGGCCACCGGCGGCUUCAAGGACGACUGCCUGCUCGGGGCAGGAGGCUUCGGAAGGGUGUACAAGGGUGUGCUCCCGGGGUCCGGCGCCGAGAUUGCCGUGAAGAAGGUGUCUCACGGAUCAAGGCAAGGGAUGAAGGAGUUCGUCGCUGAGGUCGUCAGCAUCGGCCAACUCCAGCACCGGAACCUUGUGCGGUUGCUCGGCUACUGCCGGCGGAAAGGGGAGCUCUUGCUGGUCUACGAUUGCAUGCCAAAUGGGAGCCUCGAUAAGCACAUACACGGCCGCGCCGACAGGCCCGUCUUGGAUUGGGCUCAGAGGCUUCACGUCAUCAGAGGUGUCGCCGCCGGACUCCUCUACAUGCACGAGGACUGGAAGCAGGUGGUCAUCCACCGGGACAUCAAAGCGAGCAACGUGCUCCUCGACGGUGAGAUGAAUGGGCGGCUGGGUGACUUUGGCCUUGCAAGGUUGUACGACCAUGGAUCCGACCCGCACACCACGCGCGUGGUCGGCACCAUGGGGUACCUUGCCCCGGAGGUGGUGCGCACCGGCAAGGCGACAACUCGCUCCGACGUGUUCGCGUUUGGUGUCUUCCUCCUGGAGGUCGCGUGCGGCCGGAGACCCAUAGAGGACGUCGCGUGCAGCCGGAGGCGCGUCGAGGAGAACGGUGACAUCAACACCGGCGACUGUUUCAUGCUCGUGGAAUGGGUUCGGGCGCACUGGCGGAAUGGAUCCAUCACCAGUGCAGUGGACGCCAGGCUCGGCUCCGAGUACGACGCUACGGAGGCAGACCUGGUGCUGCGACUAGGGUUGGCAUGCCUGCACCCGUCGCCCGCGGCACGGCCGACCAUGCGUCAGGUCGCGCAGUACCUCGACGGCAGCGCGCACUUGCCGGAGUUCCCAGCGACGUACACGUCGUCCUUCAGAAUGUUCGCUGGCAUGGAGAGGCACCGGCGGCUCUUCGACUCGUGGUCAGUUCGGCAGUCCAGGGCGGCGAUAAGCGUUGCCACCAUGUCUGACAUCGGCCUCUCCGGCGGCAGAUGACAUAGCCACAAUUGGGAAGAUAUGCGUUUCUCCCAUUGGAUUGAUUCGAUUUUAAGAUUUAACCACACAAUUUUUUUGUCAUGUAGUUUUCUCCGAAAAGAAGAGAGUUUUAUCUAACCGAGUGAAUCCAUGAACGUUGUCCA